AAUUAUCUCUUGCAGCUAGACAAGCUUCUUGAUUGCCAGAAGUCAGCUAGUGCAUUAACUGUUCAUGAUGAACUACUCUUCAUCACUGUCCAUCAAGGUGCAGUACUAAACUAGCUUAUCUCUAGUUCAAAUUGCUCUAGAAAACAAAGAAUUGGGGGAAUUUUGAAGGUGCUGGCAAGUUAAAAAGCCAGCUUGACUAAUGAUAAAAAAAAUGCCUGCUCAGCUUUUCUUAAGCUAUACAUCCCUGAAUUCGAAAUGAGUUGAAUGCAUAAUCACCUAGAGAACUUACAAAACUUACAAAAAACUUUCCCUGUUGAAAUAACUGUAAAACAGCCUAUAGGUUUUUUCAAAAAGCAUUAUAAAUCUAGUUUGUACAGUACCUCUGUUUCGCUGUUAAGCUGGUCCCUGCAUGAAAGAAUUUUUUAGAAUCUCUUUUAAGCUAUACUGUACUGUGAGAAUUCCAAACUCUUGAAACCUUUUUUUCUGAACAAAUCCAUUCCCUUUCACCAGUCAAACACUGUAAACUAGCUUACCCGCCUCCUGAUAAUUCAAACAAAUUUCCUUUUGUCACUGUGGUUCAAAAUUAGGAUUCCACUGUACACCUGAUACCACUGACAAUUCUUACAACUGCAGCCUUUAGUCAGUUAUAAUGAAAUCUGCUCAGUACUACCUUUCAAGGAAAAAUUCUUUCAAUAAUACUUUCUGGUCCUGCUCUGUUUUAGUGUCAAGUAAUUGUAUUUUUAAGGGUUUUUUUUUCUCCUCUUUGUUGCUCUCCCAUCUAGCCUACGAAUUAUGGUUCAAGCAGAUUCUUCAUGAGCUGGACUCAAUUCGAGAAAUCUUUACCCUGGAGAAACUGGUAAGAGGAUAAUCCAAUGGAGUACAUCAGUGAAGGGCCACUGACAGAAAAUUGGCAAAAUGAAAUCACUUCUUUAAAACUUGCGAAAAUAUAAAUAAAUAAAGUAGUACUAACAAGGAUAAGAUAACAAAGAAUUGUAUUUGUGCAUUUAAUGAUUUAAUCGAAUGUGGACAAAAACAGCAACCUUUAUCUGUCUUAAAACAUAACAAUAAAAACCUGCUUUGUAAGUUCUCAAAAGAUCAUGAAUGAAUUAGUGGCAAUUAAAACAGGUUUUUGUUAUAUAAAGUCUUAACCUCUCCUUACGGACACCUCUAUGAUAUGGACACGUCUCUAUUGCGGACAGAUCGUUUGGUCCCAGAAAUGCCAAAAAUACUUCAUUCCCUACCUCUAUAAUACGGACACCUCUGUAAAGCGGACACUUGGUUCUGUCCCUUUGGUGUCCAUAUUAGAGAGGUUUGACUGGAUCUCCAAUAUUUAAGAAAGCGAAGGGGUGGGGAUCCUGCUAUUGAGUUAGCCCCAUAUUUGAGAAGGAGGGGUUUGCUAUUUUGGCUGAGGGUGUGGGGAAAUAAGAGCAUGUGUGCUUUUGUUUGAAGAAAUACAUACUCCAUAUCAUUUCAUUAACCUAUUUGAUGACGAUCUUUUUUUUGCAUGAUCUAACAGGCGAUGGUUUAUUACACAAGUAAAAACUAAACCUUGAUAAUUUGAGCCCAUAUUUCUUUACUAGUGCAUGCAAACAGGAGCAAAUUGUUUAUUAUUAUUUUGUGGAAAAAAAACUGACAUGUUAGCUUUCAAUGUUUUUCUGAUAGGGUAUGGAUGAAAGGCAAAUGCUUGUUUUAUGUUCAAGGCUUAACCGCAUUGUGCAGAUUCUAAAAGUAAGUUGUUUUACUGGUAUUUGUGUUGCCUGGUGAUAUGCUUUGAACUGGCAGUUUUGUCAACGUGUUGUGAGUGGUACAGUCACCAAGCGAUGUAAAAGAAAAAGUUGAAAUCCUGGAGGUGGUUCUCAAGGGUAUCAAAGUUUAGUAGGAGGUUUGCUGCCAAGGCUUUUGAACCCUGACUGUUCUUAACACUUUAUGGUGACCAACAUCAAUUUCUCCUAAUGAUAUCCAUAAAUUGUCAAGAGAUAAGGUUAUGAGAAUUACUGAAAUGAUCAGUAAAGAAAAAUGCUUUGAUCUUUUAUCAAAUUCUCCCAACUAGCUCUUUAAGGGAACAUAUAGAGAUCAGUUUGGAGAAUUUGUAUGUGGAUAUUGGGGCUUAAAGGGUCAAGACAACACUCGUUCAUUUUAUUAACCUGUGUAGGAUAAGAAACAUUCUUUCAUAUAAAUCCUGAUACUUUUCGUUUUGCAUACAAAAUUAAUUAAGUUUUUUAUCAAAACUAGAAUCAUGAAAUAAAAAAGAUUUUUAUGGAAGAAAAUUUGUUUUACGUUCACACAAGUAGAUCGCUCAUCAGCAAACUCCACACUCGUUUUUAUAAAGGCUAAUCCGGUCUAAAAAGACAUCCUGGUCAAGAUGCAAAAUGGUGAAAUUGUUUACCCUGUUUAAGACAUAAGACCCUGAAAACCAUAUUCUGUUCAGCUGCACAUGCAUGCUCUAUUUUUGCUAGAAAUCUCGAGUUUAAGAAAGGAAUGAACUCAUGGAACUUAGAACUCGUAAAAUCUUCGGAAAGUCUUUAGAAAUGUUUGGGUGUCUUUUGGAUAUGAUCAGGCCCUCUAAAAACACUCCUGGUGCUGUGUGGAUAAAAAUUCUUUGCGUUACACGUGACCCCCAAAAAGUUUUCGAUAUCAUGUACUUUUUGGACCAGUUUGGUUGUUGGUUUUAAUAUAGCCACUAUUUUUGUUGAUAUCAUAGCUGCUGCGAGAUCAAAUCAUGAUUCUGGAAACAAUGACCCCACUGGAUUUUAUGGAUUUCAGGUUAGUAAGUGAACACCUAAUUACUGGUCGCAAAACAUGGAUAUAAGACUUAAGUAGUGAUGUUAGAGGGAAUUUACAUACAAAGUUUUGUUUUUUAUACGCAAAAACUGUCAACUUAACAAGAAUAAUUGAACUGAAAAAUGUAGAGAAGGAGAAGGACCAAAUCCCUUUUUAGGCCUCAAAAUUCUCUUAGCUUAGACCUGGAAUGUGCAUUUAUGUACCAACUUUGAACAACUUUGAAUUACAUUCCUGGUAGUUGGUCCUUGAAAAUUCAAUGCCCUCUUUGAAAAUCCUUGAAAAUUGGUCGCAGUUUCUGUACAAACCUUGAAAAAUUUAACGAAGCUUUUUUUCAUCAUUGCAGAGAUAACCUGGCUCCAGCUUCUGGAUUCCAAAGUCUUCAGUUCAGACUUAUUGAGAAUAAAUUAGGAAUUAAUAAGGUAUGAAUCGAAAAUAUUCCGCACGUUAUAAUUUUCAAGCGACAAAAUCAACAGCAUAUUUUAUUGUGAAAAAUUAUCAUGGCGUUUAUCUUGUUUUCAUUGCAGUCUCAAAGAACUCGCUACAAUCGUCAAGAUUACAGGUCAGCUGAAAUCAAAUUUGACAUUUGA